AUGGGGGACUAUAGCUCAACUUGGAGUGACGGGGAUGACGGAUAUACGGGCGAUGAUGAUUCUACUUCGGAGAAUAGUUCGAAAUCCAGGAUGUAUGAAAAUGUACCUCCUUUUGGGGAGAACCUUCCAUCAUCGGCCUCCUCAGAAAACAUGAGUGAAGUACUAUACGGUGGUCACGAGGAGGAUGAGUAUUCAGACAUGGAGGUUGGGUUUGAUGAAUAUAGCGUGGAGGUAGGACUGCAUCACGAGGAAUCAAGCUCUGAAAAUAAGAGCGAAGUGAUAUCUGGUGCUGACAAUGGGCGUGAACAUCACAGUCAAGCAGAUCCAGAUAUUGUGAGUAAUGAAUAUAAGAUGCACUCUGUGGAAGAGCACUGUAAAAUACUGGACAUGACAUUUUCUUCCGAACCGGCGGCUUUUGUCUGGUACAACAGCUAUGCGAGAGAGCAUGGCUUCAGCAUCCGAAAGGACAUUUUGAAGAGGGCAAAGCAAGGGAAACGUGGUAAGGGAGAAAUACGGUUAAGGCGGUAUGUCUGUUCCAGGGCAGGGAAACGUCAGGAAAAACUUUUAACGCAGGAAGGCCGCAGUCGUAGGCUAAGACCCGAGACUCGUUGCAACUGCAAUGCCAAUCUCACCGUGAAGCGUGACCUAUCGAGAGGAGUAUGGGUUGUCAAAAGUUUUUACGGCAAUCACAGACAUAAACCAGCUAGACCGGACAAAAUACCAUUUCUUCGAUCGCACAGAAAGAUUAAGCCGUACCAGAGACCUGAGAUACUAUCUUUGGGAGCAAGUGGGAUGAGAAAGUACAUGAUUAUGAAACACUUUCUCAGAAGACAUGGCUACGAUGGUGUAGGCUUCGUAAGACGAGAUCUGUACAACCUAUGUUGCAGGGAGAAGAGGAAGCUUAUUGCGAAGGGUGAUGCUGCCACAGCACUUGGUAUUAUGGUCGCGAGGAAGAAGAGUGAUCCUGAAUUUUUUUUUGAUUACCAAAAGGAUGAUGAAGGACGGUUGAAAAGCAUGUUUUGGUGUGAUUCUCAGUCACGGCAGGACUAUCAGGAUUUUGGCGACGUGGUGGUGUUUGAUAGCACGUAUAAGAUGAACCGGUAUGCUAUGCCAUUUAUUCCUUUUGUAGGCCUGAACAAUCAUCGUAAGACUACGGUGUUUGCAUGCGCUCUCGUGUCAGACGAGACAGAAGAUACAUAUGCUUGGCUGCUUCGGACAUUCUUGACUGCAAUGUGUCAGAAGAAGCCCAAAGGUCUUAUUACUGAUGGGGACGCCGCGAUGAUAUUAGCUAUUCAGAAUGUCCUUCCAGACGUGUGGCACCGUCUAUGUACUUGGCACAUAGAGAAAAACAUGAAGAGACACCUUGGUCAUAAGUCGCUAAAGGAAUUUCGGCCAUUCUUAUACAACGCCACUUCAGAAGCCAUUUUUAAGGAAAGAUGGAGCGCGUUUCGUCGCAAGUGGGAGACAAAAAGUACCCAAGAAUGGCUCAAAAGGAUGUACAAUAAGAAGAGAAUUUGGGCUGCCACGUAUCUGACCGGUGGAUAUUUCCUUGGUAUGAAAAGCAAUCAGAGAAGUGAGAGUUUGAACUCAUGCCUUCACCUUCACCUGGAUUAUGGUAUGACCCUAGUUGACUUGAUAAUGCAUUACGAGAAUGCCAUUGUUCGCAUCCGUGAGAGCGAGGCCGAAGAUGACCGCAUCUGUUCCCGAGUUUACCGGUGGCGAUUCAUCGAAUCCAAAGAGAUAGAGGUUGCUCUUGCCCAUGCCUUCAGUCCAGCCAACUUCUACAUCUUGCAGCAGGAUGUGAAGAAGCUUGGUGACCUCGAGAUUUUUGAGGAAUAUGUGGGAACAGGGGGCUCUAAACAGUUUAUGGUCAAAUGGAGGAAUAGCGGCAGAUACUCGUUUAUCGUGGAGUAUAGUCCUAAUCAGCCGAAAGAGUUAAUACAGUGCAGCUGCCGAAGAAUGAAUCGGCCGGGGAAGCGAAAAAGAUACAACGACAUGGAAACAGUAUCGGCGGAAGCUAUGGAUGCGGUAGUAGAUGAUCCAGCAAUGUAUAAUGAGUUCAUGGCAUAUAUGAAGGGCUUAGUAGCAAGAAAAUAUGCGAAAAAGAAUGGACAUGAUGGUCACACAGCCUUCGCUGAAGAAGACGCAUAUGAUUUUUAA